GUCUACAUAGCAGCUCCCUUUUCAGGUUUGGUGUGCUUCUGAGAGUCUGCUGAGGAAUGAUGGGAAGUUUGCUCAGCAGAGGGAAAAGCUCCAGCCCCAGUUCCAGCCCCAGCUCCAGUUCCUCUGGUCCAGGCCAGGAACCCGUGUCCAUACAAUCAGAAAGACACAAGGUCACAGCUGUGGCCCUGGGCAGUUUCCCAGCAGGUGAGCAGGCCGGCCUAUCUCUGAGACUCGGAGAGCCACUGACCAUUGUUUCUGAGGAUGGAGAUUGGUGGACAGUCCAGUCAGAAGUCUCGGGCAGAGAGUAUCACAUUCCCAGUGUGUAUGUGGCUAAAGUCUCUCACGAGUGGCUGUAUGAGGGCCUGAGCCGGGAGAAAGCUGAGGAACUGCUCUUGUUACCUGGGAACCCCGGAGGGGCCUUCCUCAUCAGGGAGAGCCAGACCAGGAGAGGCUGCUAUUCCCUGUCCAUCCGACUCAGCCGCCCUGCAUCUUGGGACCGGAUCAGACACUACAGGAUACAGCGUCUUGACAACGGCUGGCUGUACAUCUCCCCUCGCCUCACCUUCCCCUCACUCCAUGCCCUGGUGGAGCAUUACUCUGAGCUAGCGGAUGGCAUCUGCUGUGCCCUCAGGGAGCCCUGUGUCCUGCAGAAGCUUGGGCCACUACCUGGCAAAGAUACACCUCUACCUGUGACUGUGCCAACAUCAUCACUGAAUUGGAAAAAGCUGGACAGCAGCCUCCUGUUUUUGGAAGCACCUGCCAGUGGCGAGGCAUCUCUUCUCAGUGAGGGGCUCCGAGAAUCCCUCAGUUCCUACAUCAGCCUGACUGAGGAGAACUCCUUGGAUGAUGUCUAGUCCUAAAGCAGAAAGCUAAAGGGGAACCAAGGCUGGCACCUAGACCUCCAACUCAGCUGACCCUGACAAAGCUCCCUAGAGGCAAGGCUUUGAAAGCAGUCAAGCAGUUGGCUGGGUUUGGGGGCACAGACACAUUCAGGGCCUCACCUGGACCUAAUAAGUCAUUUAUCGUCUCCCAAGGCCUCAUCCCCACCUACAAUUUCUAGUCCAUGUGCAGCACAGUUCAAAGCAGGGCCCGGCCUCUACAGAGUAAAACACUUCUGAGGUCUGAUACGUCACCUCCUGAGAGGAAUAUCCAGUACCACAGCUAACCAGCCCUACUAAACGGGCAGAGAUCAUCAUUUCCAUGGAGAGACGAAAUGUUAGGAAAAUUUACCAGUCUCGUUCAGAAUGCAAACAUAUCUCAGAUGGUAGGAUGGCUCAGAAAACAGACAAGAGGAACACUUGAUGGCUUUACCAUAGUAGACCUCAUUUAAUUCCCACGCAAGGGGAAGACUGACAACCCAGAUCUUCCCAUAGUCUCCCAUCGAGUCCUUUCAGCCAAGCUCAGUGUUCAUCCAAACACAGCCGGGUCCUCCCCAUACCCCAGUCUUGCCACCUGGUGGUCAAACACAAAAUGACACCGUUCAAAUCUCACAUCUAAACCAGUCACCUAUCUCAGGGUCAGGAGGUGGACCAUCUCCAAAAUGCCAAAACCAAGGCAGUAACCUUCACCAACUCCAGUCAAAAGAGAAAGAGUCUGGCUGCUACUGCUGCUAAGGAAGGAAGGAGGAAAGCAGGAGCUAUGCUGAACACUGCUACUCGGUUCUGAGGGUACGGUCAGUAGGUAAGCAAGGCUUUAGUUUACCAGGCAUGCCAACACACUUUCAGUUAAAGAUUUGUUUAUUCAAGUAUCUGAAAACAUCCUACUAUGGAAACUUAUUAGAUGGCUGCUUGUAUUGUACCAUGGACCACGCACAUGGUGUUUUCAGAAGACUUGAGAUGCAGUGAUGGUUUAAAAACUGUACACCUGACGGAGAACCAAGGAAGACAAUGUUUCAUCCGGAUCCAGAGGCGCAUCAGAUUCAACAGCAGCUCCACUUGGCAAACAGCUGUUACAUGAUGGUGUCCAAGAAAAAAUAGUUGACAAUGGACAAAUUCAGAAAUGCUUCCCCAAAGGCAGAUGGUUCUUUGAAAAGUUUCACAACCCUUGCAGAAAACACUGAUGCUCAACACGCUGAUUCUAAGUCCAGGAGACGUGGGUCUUCUCGGUCCCACACGGCAGGAGUGAGUGCCCCAAUAAGCAUGUAACUGUGCUGUAAUAAAAGGGUCCUUUGGACUGGACAGAAGAGAUGGGAGCAAACGCCAUCAGUCAUAGUGGAUGGCAGUGUAAAAGAUGAUCCAAAUGACCUGUGGGGACACAAGCAACGUUCGUGUCAUCACCUGGAUCAGCACAGGCUCCUCCCCCAUAUGAAGAUGGCAAUGCAUAAGUCUGAGGUCAUUAGGAUAUUCAUAAAGGAUAAUUAUCACUAAUCCCAACAUCAAAGUAAAGGUCUGUUCCCAUGGUCACUUACUUCCUAUCUCUCUCUCCCUUCAGGUCGGCAACCACUAACCUACUUUCUGUCUUAUGGCCCUGUGUAUUCUGGACAUUUUACUAAGAGGAAUCAUGUAGCCUUUUAUGUCUAGAUUCUUCCAUUUGGCUCAAUGCUUUCAAGGUUCACCUGUACUGUAGGACCACAGACAAGUAUCAUUUUACAGUACGGCUAGAAGACAUUUUACACUUGAGAUGACCCUCAUGUGAGUGGUUACUUUUCCCUAUGAUGAAUAAUGGACACAUUUCAUAUACACACAUCUACAUUUUUGGCUUUUUCCUUUCUUUGGAGGAUAAGGUCUCUCUAUGUAGCUCAGUCUGAACUCUCAUAAGUCAACUCGUGCUUUCUCUGAGUGACCUGACAUCUCAUAAAAUGAAGAGAAGCUAUUGUAAAACUACGAGCCACACAUACCAUGAACAAGGCAAAUGAUGUCAUAAACCCUUCUUUGGUGAGCUCCCAUGUGCCACCAUACUCUUCCUCGUCGAUUUGUAGGUAGUUACUGAAGUAGAGAUACAGGACUCCUGCAUUGAUCAGGCAGAAUCUGGAGUGAGAGAAAUAAACACCAAACAUAAACUGAAA